CAAGCUCGACUCCGACCCUUCGGUCCCCGACGUGGUUAUAGACAUCCUGCAGCAAAUCGAGAUCAGCAGCCACCUGGCACACAGCUGCCCGGGACCACGAGGUUAGAGGAUGAGCUUGAUGUCUUGGCUAUGGAUCUCCUUCAGGAUGAAAUUCCACCUGUUUUAGACCAAAAUGGCAGCUUCAGAGACAAAUCCAGACCAGCGAAAAAGAAACCCAUGACUGGGAACAUGCCUUUUCGGAAGAAAGACGCUCUACCAUCUGCCAGCCUGCAGCAAGGGCUUCAUAGAGUUGAAAAAAGUCGAGCAACCCAGCCUCACACCAAAAGCAGGUUGCACCAGACAACAGUCUCAUCCAGAUUAAAAAUGAACCAACAGCCUGUGAAAGACCAAAGGGCGCCAUGGAUACCUCCAAACCCCACGUCCCCGCCGGCCUCCCCUAAAUGUGCUAUGUGGUCAAAGGUGAAAUGUAGCCCCAAAGAAGCCAGCAAAGAGCAGGCUCUCCCACAAGAAGACGCUCAAGAGAAAGAUCACCUGCCGAGUGCCGUCGAACAGGAAGCAGUCAGGCUCGCUUGGCUUGAUGCUGAGACUUCCCAAAGACUGCAGGAACUAGAAGAACUGAAAGCCAAAGAAAUGGACAGGACGCAAAAACAGCGGCUUGAUUGGCUUGAUGCAGAAACUUCCAGAAGAACAAAGGAGCUGAAUGAACUCAAAACUGAGGAAAUGGAGAGACUACAAAAACUGAGUGUUUCUGCCACUGAGCUAGCAGACCAGGUAGAGCAAGCAGUACUGGAGCGUCUGAAGCCUCUCCUGGAUAAGGCCCAGAGAGUCCGUUCUUCUCUGGACACAAACACCCAUUUUGAGAACCGUCCGUCAGGAAGUACGGCAGCCGGCCAGCCUGCAGAGGAGCCUUUGCCUCUUGGCUCUGAUUCCAGCCAUGUGCGUCUGCUGGAUGGUUCUCCGGAAGACUCCACUCAUAAGUUGUGGGCUGGGACCCUCACGAAGAUCUCGGAGGACAGCAAGGACACUCCAACGCUAGAGACCAUGAUGCUCCGAAUGCAAGAGAUGGAAAAAUACCAGGAGACAGUUCGCCAAAGAUACAAUACAAUUGUAUAUUCGGAUCCUCGUUUUUUGAUGCAGGAAGAAAAAGACCAGAAUGCCCCAGCAGUCAAUGAGCGGCCCCUGCCGCCUCAUCCGAUCAGGAUCACUAAGACAGCGGCCCGCAGAGACCCCGAGGUGAACAUUGUGCUUGAGAGGCCUUGGAAUGGCAAUUCCCUGGAUGACAGUGUGAGCACGGAGGAGAGCGGGAAGAAAAGGGAGGUGUCCCUCCUCUCCCUUCCAGGAGACGCGCAGCCCAGCGAGGGCCGGGCUCACCUCUUCAUCCCCCCGGCCAUGCUGCACAGCAUCGGCGACUACUGCAGUCGCUUUGAGCGCUACCUCCGGCUGAUCUCUCAUGACGCUGUCGGCUCCUUCAACCCGUGGCUGAUCGCUGAAAGCUUUUCGGACGAGCUGGUCGACGAAGCGCUGGGCCGCGUGGCUGCUGAACUUCAGGAUGUGUGUGAAGACUACGCAGAAGCUGUGUUCACCUCAGAAUUUUUAGAGGCUGCUGCUUGAAGGCUCCCCAAGGUGGAAGGGGGGGGACCCUCAUCUCACACUGGAGAAGGGCGCCACCACCCUCUGGUUCAGCCCACAGGAAGUCUUUCGCCUUAGCUGCCUGCCCAGGCCCAGAAGGUGCAGCCCGCUGAAAGGACGCGGGAGUGCCAGUGAUGGUGCCCUUGCGCUGCGUCUACUGGCAGCAGUGGCGUGGGUGGUUUAUGACUGAAUCGGUUACACUUAUCAGGGCCGGGGAAACAUUGUGAAUCGGUUAUGACAAUAUAACAUUUUCUGAAUGUAUCCAAUUCCUACUGAAACAUUAUGUUCAGGCCUCUGGUGAAGAUAAGCAAUUAACCUGAAAUAAACGUAAGCUUCAGACUGGGUGGGAUUCAGGUUGCUGGUGAACCUGCAGGCGGCAUCCAGGCCAGCGGAAGCGCCAUCCCAGCAGCGGGCUUGGGUCUCGGUCUGUCGGCAAGUCCCGUCAGGACACCCGUCUCCAUCUCCUGGGUUACCGACUCGUGCGGGGCCCAGGGUCUGACUGAACUGCCACAGCCCUGCUCUCUCCCCGCUCGUGAAAAUAAAUAGAAACCCACUGUACCCAUCCAUGCCCACCGCCCACGCCCAGGGUGGUCUGGGACACGGUCAGUCCCCUGGUCUUUAGCUGUCCUGACAACUGUGAAUUCAGAGCAAGCCUGGGGGCUCUGGAGAGGACCAGGCCUCCCUGCUUCCCUGUUUCCUCACCACAAACGGUGGUGUGAGCAGGGAGGACAGAUGGGCAUCGCAUGGUGACUCCAGGUCUCCUCAGAGAAGGGAAGAAACGUAGCCAUGGUAGCCCGGCCCUUGAACUUCGCGUAUUCCUAUUUGACCAGAGAUAGAUCGCCUUAGUGUUUUCAGAAAGCCGGGAUGCAGAAGACGGCAAUGCGCAUCCCCACGCGAGCAGUCCCCUCGAGACAGGAGACGUGGAGAGUUGCGACCCGUGUGGCACUCGUGUCCACGCCGGAGGAGCUCUCCGAGGAACGUGCACUUCCGGGGAUCGUUUAAGCUGCUUGAUCAGGCGUACUUGUGCAAAAUUGAUUUUUUUAUGUUAAUAUUUUCCUGCUUAAUUUUAUAUAGCCUCAAUUUUCAUUUUUUUAAGCAUCAAGGGAAAUUAAAAGUCUUUGAUGGGGAUUCAAUAUGUACACUGAAAUUGAUAGGCAUGCCCGUCAUUGGUAGUAAUUUUGUGUGGCAGUUCUUACUAUGUUGAUGUGGUUUUUUUCUUUUUAAAAUAAACUCAGUAUUUUAAA